GUGACGCCCUCAUAUGGACGGGGUCAGCCGGGUUCACCCUCGGCGCGUCGACAAGGAGGAGCGCCGUCAACCUGUCCGGGGGGUCGCAGGUCGAGCCGGAGGUCUACCUUCUUUUAGAGAACGUCAGCACCCCGCUUGCCGAGGAGCGCCUCUACGGCCUAUACGCUAAGAUAAAGGUUUGGUCGCCCAAACUGUCUUUGUGAUUUGAAUAUGAAAAAUGUUCAAAUAAUGAAAAGUGCCAGUAUAUGAUAAACGCAUUACCUGUUGCUACUGGAAAAUAUACAAAAAGAAAAAAAAAAUCAUUUAUAUCCAAAAAAAUGCAUUCCACUGACAUUAAAUUGAUACUGCAAAAUAAGACGUGAUGAAAACAAGCUACAGAAAUGUCUAAAUAGGAAAUCCAUUUCCCUGCAAAGAUUGGCCCAGGAAUGAGCCACGACUUGGAACUCCUGGUGGAGGUACCGGAGGGCGUGGGCAUCUGCCGUCUGACCCUGCGCCUGCGAGGUCAGAACCUCGCCUGCGUCCAGGGCGGCGACUGGUACCGCGGGGAGAGGUUUUCUUGGCUUAACACCUCCAGGCUUCACUAUGAGCCUGACGAGGCAAACGUCACCAGGGCUCGACUCACAUUCUUUGGGAUCACCAGUGUCGGCUCCCAGCCCAUCACGCAGAACUACAACGACCAAAGCGACCUGCUGGUGAACAUCCCCCUCCUCCCGCCUCAGGGCUUCUCAGGCGGCCUCGUCAGGGCUACCCUUCGUGAAUGGGAAGGAGAGGCGUGGGCCAGCGCGAACCUCAGCCUCCCAGCCGCCACCCUGGCCCCCGAGGAGCCUGUUCCCGGCGGCACCAACCUCACGUUCUCAGUGUCAGUUGUAAAGCAGACAACAUAA